GUGGUGGAACCUGUGCCUUCUGCUCUCCCAACAGUUGUCUCGGCUGUCACACCUGUCCUGAGGAAAGCCCUGUGGAAGGAGCUCUGUGCCGAGAUUCAGGACACUGGGGCGUCGCAUGAGGCCACUGUCAAACUGCAAAUUCUUUCAAAGCUGUUGCCACCUUUGGAAAGCAAAAGGCUGCACAACCUAAUGGACUGCCUUCCUGCUGCUCUGGAGAGAGCAGGGAAUGAAGAAAGUUGGGCCAUGGCAGAUGCCGUAUCCACAGUGCUUAAAAACUCAAAGCAACUGCAUUCCUGGAGGAGAAAUCUCUUGUCAGCCUACAUAAAGGGGUUAGUUGCCAUGUACAGCAGCAGUAAAGAUGAAAGCAAGCAAGAAGUGGAGACAUCCAUACUGCUGAGGCUAGAGGAAUUAUUGUGUGUGGUUGAAGAAGUGGACCCAGAUGACUUGUGCUGCCUUGUGAAGACAGGACUCAAGUACCGUUACAGAGAUGAAACAUUUCUGAAGGUCCUGAACAUUGCCAUCCAGUUACUGUACAAGAAAGAAUCCUCACUUAGUCAGAGCUUAGUCAAGCUCUCCAAACUCCACAUGAUGGUCACACAGCACUCUCUAUUUUUGUCAGCUAUCCUGAGGUCAAGAGAAGAAGAUGGCAUGAACACCCAGACAAGAGAGGCGCUGGUGGACAUUCUGCUGACAGCUGUGCAGCUCAGCCCCUCUCUGUGUGAGAGCAGUCACCUCCCAGUGCUGCUGGGAGCCUAUGGGGCCACGCUGAGCACCGUAGAUCAGAAGAUACUGCUGUUGCUUCAGUUGUAUGAGAAGAAUAACCAAAGUCUUAUAAACUCCAGGAUCCUCCUGUGGGGUCCAGCUGCUGUGGAGCAUCACAAGACUUGCAAGAGUCUGGGGAAGUCCUUGUGGCAGCAGCCAAGCAUGGAGGAGAUUCUGUGUUUGCUGGAUCGAGAGAAGACGAUGAAGACGGUUCUGUCGUUCCCUCAGCAUCGCCGGCUGCUGCCAUCACAGGGGAUACAAGAGUCACUGUAUAAAGAUGAAACAGUGAAGAGCCUAGAUGACUUCUACAAUCCUUGUUUUCUACUUCAGCUCUUCAGUGAACUGACCAGACCAGAGUGUGUGGUGGCAUGUCACAAGUUUGUGGAAGUCAAUGCCCUGGGUCUCACAGUGGCUGCCCUGAGCAGCUACGACCCCAACAUGAGAGCGGCUGCGUAUUUUGUCCUGGCUUCCUUCCGCUCCCAUCUGGAAGGGGCUCGCUUCCGAGAGAAGAGCCAGUGGACAGAGGAAGGGGAAAGGGCUGCCCUGAGCAGCUACGACCCCAACAUGAGAGCGGCUGCGUAUUUUGUCCUGGCUUCCUUCCGCUCCCAUCUGGAAGGGGCUCGCUUCCGAGGGAAGAGCCAGUGUGACGAGGGCUCCCAGAGAUGUAUUCUGGAGAUAUUACAAAGUGCUGCCCGUGUCACCUGAGCUGCCUAUGAGCUGGUACAGGAUGACAGCCUCCUCACAUGGGUCCUGCACAGCUUGGAGAAAAGGUUUCUGGAGAGCAAGGUGAUAAAUAAAAUUACUUCCUUAGUCCAUACUCUGUGGUUAACAAAUACAGGAGUCAAGAGAGAAAACAAGAAUCAAUCCCAGGAGAACAGGAAGCUUCUUCCUAUUCAGCUUGUAAAUGAAUUUCUAUGUGUUUUGGUCACAUUAAUCAAACAUAUUCGGACUAACGUAGAUGUGGCCAAGCUGACUGAGUUGUUUGGCACCCUCAGCUCUGUGCUGGAAUACCGUGCUGUUGUUGUGGAGGCUUUUAGGGAGAUGAGGCGUUUCACGGUCAACGACAGCGUCCUCUCCAGCAGGGAGCUGCUGCUGCUGCUGCACAAGUGGAGCCUUGUCAGCAAAGACCUGCAGCUGCAGGAGGACCUGCAGGCCCUGGCUCAGAAGUACCAAAACAAAGAAUUGCUCAAAAAUAUUAAAGACAUGAACAAACCUCAAGGCUCAUCUUACGUGUGUCGUCACACUCGGAAAAGGACCAAGGUGGAAGCUGAUGACCCUGCUGCAGACGUGCAAGUGUCUGAGCUGGAGAAAUGCAGAGAACAUCUGUAUUCCAUACUUGCCCAUUGGGACCCUGUUUUCCCAGCACCACCCUCCGCACAGGGAGGGGAGGCUCUCAGAGCCGGUGCACCUGGGGGUGAGGCAGUUCCUGUCACCUGUGCAUCCAUUCAAGUUGUCACUAAGUGGCUGGUGAGGUCCCUGGCUGGGCAGAGCUCCCUCGGGGAGCAGGACGUGUCCCCAGUGCUGAGGUGGCUGCGGAACCGCGUCCUGCCACACCCGGCGGCCGUGCGGGAGAUGCUCAGGGACGAGACGCUGAGGAACAACCUCUUCAAGCUUUACACCCGGCUCUGCCAGGCCAGCAGCACCUCGGCUGGGCUCUCCAGGCAGCUGGGUGGGCUCAGCUCCAUCAUGCUCCAGCUCAUGGAGGAGCAGGGCGUGUCCAGCACCUUCCAAGAGCUUGUGAAAUCUCUGUGCCUAUCAGCAACGGUGGAAGAUGAUGGGGACAAGAGAGCUGUUUCUGUGUUCCUGACUUCCAUUUACAUCGGGGACAUGUGGCUUGGAGCACGGGAGCCGAAUAUGUUACUUACCCAUGUCAGAUUGGUCUGCACUAGUGCAGAUUAUGACUUAGAGGGUGACUCAGAGACUCCAAAACAAGGGGAAGAAACUCUUAUGUCUCUUUGCAAAAAAGUUUGGCUACAUCAGGGCAAUAAUUCAGGGGACUAACACCUCAUAUUUAAUGUUCUCCUGUGCUCAGUCCUCAUCACCGUGAGCCGUGAAAACCUUCUGAGCUGUUCUCAUACAGACCUACUUUGUUUGGUCCAAAAAAUCAGUAUUUUAUUACUAUGUGCAAACUCAUUAGGAAGAUUUUAUUCAACAUCUCUCAGAGGGACAUUCAAGCUCCAGUUUCCCUUUUCUUGAACAGUUUGAGAGACAAUAUUAGUUAUGGAAUUUCUAUUACAGGCAUUUUUAUCUGAAAGACAAAACCAGAAAGACUGUUUGUGCAAAUGUGUGCCCUUAAUAUCCAUCCUCUCUCUAAUACAGGAUGGGAAAAAAAGGCUGCAGAGCUUCCUACAAUGGGGUGCAAGUGCAAAGAACAAGGAGACAGAGGUUUAGUCGCGAUGAUUUACUGUUUCUUGGAGAACCUGGUUGAUUUCGUGAUAACAAAACCAGUAUGAAUGGACCACUGGACUCAGGAAUCAGGACGGUCUUCUUGGGUUUAAAAGUUUGAAUGGCACUUCAAGAUAUUUAUAUCAAACCUGGGGUUUUUUUAUUAUCCUUUUUUUUUUUUUAAUUAAGAAAAAAAA